AUAUACAAAUGAGUUUUGGCGGUUAUACAAAAAGAAACAAAAUUGUAAUUAUUUAGUUAGAAAUUUACAAUUUAGCAGUGAAUCCAAAAUUAGAAGUCACCCAAAUAAUAUAAAUUAUUAAAAAAAUGGAUCACCUUGAAGAUAACGAUGAAACUCUUGUGAGUCCUGAGUAUACACCAAGAAGAGUUACGAGAAACAGGACAAAACCAAAGAAAUAUGAUGAAUUCUUAAAUAUGACACCAGUAAAAAGAAAAAAUUAUACAUAUGUUGAAAGUUCUGAUGACGAUCUUCAAGAUAGUACUCCAAAACCUAAAGCACUCUUUGGCAAUGAUGACGUCGAUGGACAAGAUAUUUUUAAGUUCAAAUCCCGUCACACGAAAAAUGAUCUUCAUAAUAAGGCAAAGGCAGCUGUUAGUAGUACUAUAAACUCACCAAUGAAAACUCCAAGAAAAAAAUUACUACAUAAAGUUAAUGAGGCAACUCCAAAACAUGUGGUGAACAUUAUGAAGAAAAAAAUAAUUCAAGCAGUGCACAGUAACAGUUCGGACAGUGAUUUCUCUGGGAGUAGCAGUGAUUUUGUACCAGACAAGAGUGAUGAGGUAUUUGCUUCUUCAUCUUCCGGUACAGAUUCCGACGUUGAAGAAGAAGAUACGAACAACAAAAAAAACAAUGUUCAAAUUACAAAAAACAGAAAUAGCAGAACAAAGCCGAAGGAUACUGAGUAUUUUGUUACUCCCGACAACUAUUUUAUGAUGAAUUCUAGUAAAAAAAUUACAACGUCAGAUCAUACAUUAGCUAGACUAAAGAUGAUGAAUAUCAAUGAAAACAUGAAAGAGGUAGCAGCUUAUAUGUCUGAAUUACAUCGAGAUAAAGUUGGCGAUCUCGUGCAAACCUACGACCAGCUGUUUGACAGGUGGCUCUACGUUUUAAGUGAAAAUUUCAAUAUAAUUCUGUAUGGAAUCGGAUCGAAACGUGUAGUACUACAACGGUUUCAAUCAGAGAAACUUCAAGAUACGCCGUGUAUAGUCGUGAACGGUUUCUUUCCCAGUCUCACCAUUAAGAACAUUUUAGAGACAGUCGUUAUCGACUUCCUCGAGAACACGCACGUGCCGUCCAAUGUUGGAGACGUUGUGAGUUUGAUAGAAGCCCAGUUGGACGAGUUAGGUGUUGACUUAUUCCUUAUAGUUCAUAACAUUGAUGGUAGCAUGCUAAGGAAUUCUAAGGCGCAGUCCGUCUUGGCAAGCUUAGCGCAGUUGAAGAAUGUUCAUUUGAUUGCGACGAUCGACCAUAUCAAUGCGCCACUGCUAUGGGACCAUUCAAAACUCAGCAAGUUUAAUUUCACCUGGUGGGACGUGACGACAUUUUUGCCGUACGUGGAGGAGACGUCGUUCGAGAACUCGCUCAUGACGCAGCGCAGCGGCGCGCUGCAGCUGUCGUCGCUCAAGAGCGUGGUCCAGUCGUUGACGUCGAAUGCGAAGGGAAUAUUCCAAAUCAUUAUCCAGAACCAGCUUGAAAAUCAAAAACAAGUCCACUAUCAAGGUCUGCCCUUCAAGGAUUUGUAUUCAAAAGCUCGUGAGCAGUUCCUGGUAAGCUCAGAUCUUGCUCUAAGAGCUCAACUUACAGAGUUCUUAGACCAUAAAUUAGUUAAAAUUAAAAGGACCUACGACGGUAGUGAGAACCUUGUCAUACCCAUAGAAAGUUCUUUACUACAGCAAUUUUUGGAUCAACAAAGUAUAAUACAGUGAUAAUGUAUUUAGUUUAUAAUGGUUUUUUUUUGUAAUGAAUGUGUUUUUUUGUCAUCGCAUGUUUAUGUUAACAACAGAGUUUAUGUUUUUGAUUGAGAAAAAAUCCUAAUAUUUAGAAACCAACUAGAAAAAUAUUUUUUAUAGGUUUUACUCUUUUUAUUUUGAUAUUUUUCUAUAAAAGUAACAGUAGAUGAUGUAUAAAGUAUGUUUUUAGGAACGGAGUAUCUUCUUUAUAUACAAAAAAACUAGUAAACUUAAAAAGAGCAAUACUAUUUUAUUAAUGACUUUCCGUAAUCUUCGUAUUUCGACAGUUGUCGUGUUUUUACUACUAGUUUAAAAAUUUAAAAAAGUAUAUAUUUCCGAAUCAGAAAUGAGCCAUAACUCGAUUUUUAAAUUAAUAUUAGAAUGGCGAAAAACCGCUUAUGUCGCAGGCACGACGAUAAUUUGCAAGUACAUCGUACAUAUUAUAUUUUUUACAAAUAUUCAAGACUUCUACUUUUCAAAAAGUCCAAAAAUGUGUUACACAAUCUCAUGUUUCAUUCACUAAGAAUAUUUUAUUAUCAUAAGAGAAGUAGUUUAUUAACUCUAGUUUACAUGAAAAUCAAAGUGAAAUAACAUGGUACGUAGUUAUGAAUUUCAAUUAUUAGAUUCUGAGUUAAGUCAAAAAAUAAGUGUAACAACUACUGAUUAAAAUUAAUAUUCGACUGCCUAAGAGACUGAGAUGUUUAUGUCAUUAAUAAUAUAUAAGCACUGUUUGUUAGUAUUAUAGUGUAUUAUUAAAAUCAGCAUGGGAUAUAAUUACUUAAAACAUUAAUUA